UGCUCUGUCAAUUACAGGCUUUAACCACAGAAAAGAGUCCAGAGAGAGAGAGAGAGCUGGAUUGUUUGAUGGUCGAUGGUUGGGAUGAUAAGUUCAGGUGAUGUCCAGUCACAGUGGUUCUCUCUACCCAAAGUGGGUCGCUCUGCAAUUCCAAGCCCCGUUCAUCUCAUUGCCUCUGCCACUUCUCUCCGCCUCACCCACCACUUCCGCCUUCAUUCCCUUCUCCGCUCCUAUUUUCAGAAACUUGCUCAUAUCAGUCCCUUGCAUAAACUGAAGGAAGGGUUUAACACUAUACCAUUGCCAACUCCUACUUCAAUUUGCUUUGCUUUCUUUAAUGGAAGAGACAACAGCAAUGAUCUCACUAAUGAAGACAUGCCCAACUCUAAAAUGUCCACUAGAAACUCCUUCACUGGAAGACAAUGGACCAAUCUUCUCCUUGCUCUUAACAUCAUAGUUUUUAUCGCGCAAGUUGGGACACAAAAUGACUUAAUCCUAUGGGGUGCCAAGAUAAAUAGGCUUAUCGAUAAAGGACAAUUGUGGAGGCUCGUCACGAGUUCCUUUUUGCACGCAAAUGUUGGCCACCUCUUGGUUAAUUGCUAUUCUUUGAAUAAUGUUGGCCCUACCAUGGAGAGGCUCAGUGGUUCGAAGAGAUUUCUUGCGAUUUACUUCACCUCUGCAAUUGCAAGUUCAGCAAUGAGUUAUUGGUGCAGCCAGGCACCUGCGGUUGGUGCAUCAGGAGCAGUCUUCGGCUUAGUGGGAUCUCUUGCAGUAUUUGUCAUGAGGCAUAGAGGUCUGGUUGGAGGUGGCAAAGAAGAUUUAAAGCACAUAGCAUAUGUAAUUGUCCUAAAUAUGUCUAUUGGGCUGUUCUCCAAAGGCAUUGACAACUGGGGCCAUCUGGGAGGCUUGCUUGGUGGAGCUGCCACAGCAUGGCUUUUAGGACCUGCCUGGAAGUACGAAUUUUCUUCCACUGAUAGACGAAGGAUCUUUGCUGACAAGGCUCCUAUUUUCUACCUCAUCAACAGGAAAACUAGAUCGUAGGCAUUAUAUUCAUAGCUCAAAUAAUUGUACCUUUUACAUUCCCAAUUAUAGAAUGUGCUGUACAGACUUGUGGGGAAGUAGUUGGCCAAAUUAGACCUAAUUUCCUAUUUUGAUGCUCCAGAAGUCAUCUAUGCUUUGGUCAGAUGUUAAUUGACCCAAUUUUAAAUCAUCUUCUAGAAUCAACCUACUUUGGUUUACUGUGUAAUGCCAUUUUUCUAAUUAUAUUCCAUUACAUACAAUAUGAAUUAGGGGGGGAUGGUGAGAGAUUUUGGAAUU